CGUCUAUAUAACCUUGCCGCUGUGCACGGCUCGUCUCUCAUUCCGGCGACGAGCCAGCACAGCGAGAUCGAGCGAGAAGAGGAGAUGGAAGCGGCGAGCCGGCCUCGCGUGCUCGCCGAGAUCGACCCACACAGCGAGUGGGUGCGCGGGCCCGAGUUCGACACGCUCGUCGUCGACGUCACAGGGUUCGGCAAGGACCACCUCAAGGUGCAGGUGGAGCCGUCGGGGAGCCUCAAGGUCAGCGGCGAGCGCGCCGUCGACGGGGGCGGGCGGCAGUGGUGCCACUUCACCAAGCGGUUCGACCUCCCCGCCGCCUGCGACGCGGCGGAGAUCAAGGUCCAGCUCGACAAGGGCAUGCUCUACGUCCAGGUGCCGGGCGACGGCGGUGGUGGCGCUGGUGGGAGCGGCGAGCAGGACUCAGCGGCGGAGAUGUGCGAGGACCCGCUGCAAGGACAAGGAGAAGCCGAGAUCGGCGGCGGCUGGAACAUCGGCCGCGCGGCGGCGCGGCGGGAGGAGCAGCACCCGUUGCUGCGGCUCGCCGGGGGCCUCAGCAGGCACCGGCAGGUGGUCCUGAACGUCGUGCUCGCCGUCGUGCUCUUCUGGCUCGUCGCCUUCGCCAAGAAGCAGCCCGGCGGCGGCCAAGCCAAGAACGACUGAGGCGCGGGAUCAAGAACCGUGUUUCUGUACAGUGAUGACAAGAUGGAAUGGAAGCGAGCAAUAAAACACAUCUGCAAAUAAGCAAGAUCGGGGUGUGGCUCAAUGUGCAUCAUCAGUAUUCAGUACUUACAGUCGGGCAUCACUAAGAUGCCACCCAGUACAGGAAGUCAGGAACCAAAAGCUGGGCAUGAGAUACUGAUGUGUGCGUACGUACAUUCAGAUCGUUAAUUGCUGUUUACGAAAGGAAUCCCUGGUUUUACUUUAGGCUGCAAUCACGCAUACACACAUCUAAAAGCAUGUCUGACCCCUCCUUGUUGUAUAUUCCCUCUCUUUUAUGAUCUGGAAAGAGGGGAACUGAAAUAUGCAAUAUCUGAGGCUUUAAUCUCUA